AUGUUCUCCAAGCUUAUCUUCCUCUUCGCGGUGCCCUUCUCCGUCAGCGGCGCCUCUCAGGUCACCGCUUCCGCGGCCGGCGGCUCAGUCAUCCCUAUACUCCCGACCUCUUUCCCCUCUGCGUCUGGUUCUGCCUGGCCUUCUGCAUCCGCGCCAACCUCCGACGAUCCAUACGUUCCGCCGCCCGACGACGCCACCGACAUCGACGUUGGCACGCUGAGCGCUUCUGCGACCUCCGACGGCCCCGACUUCCCCUUGGGUACCACGACUCAGAGCGUCGCGAUGCCCUCCGCGUCGACGAUCAGCCCGGAGUGCCGCACUAUGUACACGGUCAUAGAGGGUGAUCUGUGCCAGGUCAUCGCCGACGAAUACACGGUACCGCUGCCGCAGCUUCUCGCCGCGAACCCGGGGCUGGACUCUGACUGUGAUAACUUGGAGGUGGGCGAGCAACUCUGCAUCCCCGGCGUUCCGGGGCGUCGCCGCUCACGCUUCUUCCGCUUCUGA